AUGGAUGGUGGUGGCACUGAUGAUAGUAUCAACCAGUUUGCUGUAAUGACAACCACUGAUAACCAACAUGUUGCAAUGACAACUAGUUAUAACCAAAAUCCUCUUAGGACUACCAUUGAUAACCGGUAUCCUGCAAUGCAAACCAAUAAUAACCAGAAUGCUGCAAUGAUGACCAAUGAUACACAGUAUAGUGCAAUGACAACCAAUAAUAACCAGAAUGCUGUAUUGACUAGCAGUGAUAACCAAAACGCUACAUUGACUAUCAAUGAUACAUAUAACCAGUAUCAUUUAGGAACGGUCAGUGAUAUCCAGCAUAUCAAAUUAAAAACCAGUGAUAACCAACAUGCUGCACAGAUGAUUGACAAUGAUAACCACUGUCCCAUAAUAGCAACCAAUGAUAACCAGCUUCCUGCAACACCUGGUUGCGAUAAUCAAUUUGCUGCAAUGACUACAAACAAUAACCCAAAUGUACCAACUACCAGGGGUAACCAGUAUGCUGUAGUAAAUACCAGUGAUAACCAGUAUCCUGUAAUGACUACCAGAGAUAACCAGCAGUGUGCAGUAUUUACAAAUAAUAGCCCAAAAUCUGUCAAUACAAAACAUCAAGUGGCGUUGUAUACCAGUGACAACAAACAUGAUACAAUGUCUUUGACAGUGAUUACCAGUGGCACUCACCACUUUACAGUGACUACUAAUAACAACCAAAAUGCUACAUUGGCUCUUGGUAGUAAGCAAUAUGCCACACUAUCAGGUGAUAACCAGGUUGUACCAGCUACCAGUACUAACCAGCAAGCUGCAGUGACUACCAAUGACAACCAGUGUACAAUAUCAACUACCAAUGUUAAUCAUUAUACUGACAACAAACAUGCCACAAUAACUACCAGUGACAACCAACAUGCUGCAAUGACUACCAGUAGGAACCAACCUUCUGCAAUGACUACCAGUGACAACCAAAAUGCUGCAAUAACUACCAGUGACAACCAACAUGCUGCAAUGACUACCAGUAACAACCAAAAUACUGCAAUAACUACCAGUGACAACCAACAUGCUGCAAUGACUACUAGUGACAACCAACAUGCUGCAAUGACUACCACUGUCAACCAACAUGCUGCAAUAACUACCAGUGACAACCAACAUGCUGCAAUAACUACCAGUGACAACCAACAUGCUGCAAUGACUACCAGUGACAACCAACAUGCUGCAAUGACUACCACUGACAACCAACAUGCUGCAAUAACUACCAGUGACAAACGAAAUCGUGCAAACUCCUAUUGUCAAGAGGAGGAUUCUGAUUGUUUAUACCUUUGUGUUUAUUGUGGUAAAAGUUUCACUACAAAAGGAGUGUUAAACCUUCACAUGAAUGAUCACACUGGUGAAGAAGAUCCCCAGUCUGAUGACAGCAGUGAGGGUCCCACAGUAAGUAAUAAUGCAGAGAAAAUAGACAAACACAAACAAUGUUCAAUUACUGAAUUACAGUCUGAUCCAAGCAGUAAGGGGAACACAGUGAGUAAACCUACAGAGAAACUGGGCAAACAUGAACCAAGUUCAAGUGCCAAUCCACCUGUAAAAACUCGACGAGCAGUCUACAUUUGUGAAAAAUGCGAUAAGAUUUUUACUUCCGUUGAGGAUAUUACAAAGCAUACAGAAUCUCAUAGUGGUAGGGCAAGGUACCAUUGUUGUCACUGCACAAAGCAAUUUGAUGCGAGAUGUCAUCUUGUACGUCACAUGAUGAUGUAUCACCCAAGGACAAAGACUUACCCUUGUCUACAGUGCAAGUUGGUAUUCAAAACUGAAGCUGAGUUAGUUGAGCAUUGGAAGAGUCAUACAAUACACAAAUGCAAUAACUGUGAAAAGGAAUUCAGGACAAGUGCGCUCUUGAGACGCCAUGCAAAGAAGCACGUAAUGGUGAAGUCAGUUAGGUGCAAAGAGUGCGGGAAAAUGUGCGCCUCAAAAGGGAGCCUCAAGCGACAUAUCACUGUGCAUUCUGACGGCCCCAAAAUCCCAUGCAACCAAUGUGAUCGAACCUUUCGUACGAAGGCUUACCUAAUCGCACAUGCAAAAAGCCACUCAGUGCAAACAUAUCCUUGUGACAAAUGUGAUAAAGUCGUUUCCUCUAAAAAGAAUCUCAAGUGUCAUAUGAAAGUACACAGCAAGCAGCAAGAAGAUUUUCCAUGUCCACAUUGUCAUGAAGUGCUCCACGGUCGGUAUAAAUUUGUGACACACCUGCAGACUCAUCGCGUGGGGAAGGUUUAUCCGUGUGAGCAAUGUGGUAAGAAAUUUGCGACAAACUAUCGUUGGAAGAGACAUAUGCAGAUUCAUACUGGUGAGAAACCUUACCCGUGUGAUUUGUGCGAUAAGCGAUUUACUCAGAAAAAUAAUCUAGAAAUUCACAGACGAAUACACUUCAAUAACAGAUCUCGAAAAUGUAAAGCUUCAAAAACAAAAGCUGUUAAAGAUGCCUAUCCGUGCGAAGAAUGCGAACAAAUUUUCAGCACCAAAUAUUAUUUGCAUGAGCACAGACGAUUACACUACGGUGAAAAAGCCUUCCCUUAUUGCGGUAAAGGAUUUGCUUUUGUGUACCGAUUAAACUGCCAUCUUAGGAUACAUACUGGUGUGAAACCAUACCAGUGUCAGAUUUGUAAUAGGGCUUUCACGCAGAAUGGAAACUUGACAGCUCAUAUGAAACUGCACACGGACAAUAAACUAAGACGAACAAAAAAAAAGAGGGCUGUUUGUGAUCUACCACAGGAUGUCCCUGUAGUCUGA